GCCCUGUAAAACAUGAUUGUAAAGGACUCUAUUUUAGUUGUCAAAACAUUGUGUCUCCUACGUAUGCUGUGAAACAAAGCUGCUGAAUACGUAUAAAAAAUGGCUUUAACAGCAAAACAACGAGCCAAGAGAUACAGGGAAAAACUUAAAGAAAACCCAGCACAAUACGAAGCUCAUAAAAAGAAAGAAUUAAAAAGACUUAAAAAAUGCCAAAAAAAAAUUAAUAACCUCAGUGAAGAAGAUAAAGCCAAAAAAAGGCAACUUUGGAGGAACCAAAAACAAAAACAAAGAAGUAACAAAAAACAAGAAAAUAUUUCACGUUCCUUAUCUGAGACAACACCUAACGCUACGCCUCAGAAUUUAGGCAAGGCUAUCAGUUACAAAACAAAACUAGACAAAAUCCAAUCAUUAUAUGAAAAUGCAUUAAAAAAAAUUGAGAAACUACAGAAAACUAGGGUAACACAAGAGCAAAGAAAAGUAUUGCUAGAAUUUAUGAUGGAGCACCCGGACGUUUCACAAGGUCGCUUACCAGGUGCUGAAAGUGCGCGAAAGAAAGAUGAAAUAAUAAAAGAACUGGCGUGUCAUCUAAAUGCAUUGGAGUCUGGUGCCACCAAAACACCAGAAAAAUGGUGGAAGUGCUGGCUGGACUGGCGGUCAGACACCAAAGCCAAAGCACUCCGAAUAAAAAAAUACUUGGAGGGAACUAGUGGUACACAUAUCCCUCCACCACUAUCAAAGUUAGAAGAGAUUCUCCUUGAAUUUUCCAGAGUAGAUCCACUGAUGGCAACUAGACAAGACACAGAUUAUACUUCUGAUUGUGCCUCAGAGCCACUAAUGGAUUUUGAGUCUAAUGAAGUUUUCAACACUUUAGAAGAGUGGUGCAACAGUAAAAAAAGGAAAGCAGAAAGUCGAAGGACACCUAAGCAGGAAACCAACUCUGGAAGUGAAGAUGAAGAAUCAAUUGUAUUGGAUCCAGAUAGCGAACUGUGGGGUUUCUUUGAUAAGCAACCUCAUAAUAAGGCCAAAUGCUCCAUGUGUGAUGAACGACUUAGGCGGGAUGCAGACACACUAUACAAACAUCUGAAAGAAAAACAUUCUAAAAUCUCUGAGAACCUGGAGUACAAAGACAAUGAAGAAAAUUUUACGGAAGUAAUCUAUCUAGAAGAACCAUUAGAGUCAAUAAAGGAGGAUCAAGAUAAAGUUUUGUUUGAAGUGCAACCCAAGGCCAAGAAAACAUUUAAGAGACGCUACAGCACAAGAGAUGAUGUUAAAUAUAUUGAACCAAAUAAAAGCCAAAGUAAGGAUGAUGUGGAAAUUGAAAACUUUGGAAAAUAUAUCACAGGAUUACUGAAAGGUGUACCAAGGGCAGCGAGUUCAAAGCUACAAAUGGAAAUUGUGACAUUGAUUAUGAAUACAAAAAUUAAUUUACAAACAACACCAGAUAUAGACAGAGAAGUGGGUGAAAGAAGUAAGGAAAUUGACCCGCCGGAUAUAGGACAAGAGAAUCAGGAAAACCAAGACAAGUUAGACACGACGACCUCCAGCGAAUUCGAAACAAAUCAAGACACGCGCGCCCCCAAACGACCCAAGCGACGAAUCAGCUACCGCGAAGAAUACUCCUACAAGAUCAACCUAACGGAGAACGAAGAGCGGGAAAUCGAAAACUUUGGAACAUACGUCACAUGCUUACUCAAAACGGUCCCAGAGAAUAAAAUUAGCGCGAAACUUCAAAUGAAUAUUGUCAAUCUAAUUAUGACAGCUCGGUUACAGGCUCUACAGAAAAAUGAUACACCAGUUUUGACAAUUAACGGAACCAUAGUGUUAGAUAAUACAAAUGUAGAUGAUAAUCAGGUUAUGCUAACGGAUAGUUAGAGAAUAUAUUUUAUUCAAUUAAUUUAAGGGAAUAAAUUUUAUUUAAUGUUUUUUAUUAUUACUAUCAACAUUAGUAUGUAUAUAACUGAUCCAAAUCAAUUAGUUAAAUUGUAAUCUUUAAUUCUUCCUAGGAUAUUACGAUAUAUUUUUAUAUUGAUUAUGAACAUUAAAAUAUUCUAAAGUAUCCAAUUUGAAUACACUUUUUUUAUUAGAACAGAAAAAAUAAUAAUUUUAAGGUUAAUUUGUAUAUGGCAAGUUUUUGUUUAAAAAAUAUACAUGAAUUAAUUAUUUUUACUAUCACACACGCCUAUCACAUAAGCGCUGUUGUAUUUUUCUGUGAUAGUACUGACACCACGUCAAGUUUGUAAACAGUUGGUAAACAUAGGUCUAAGGUGACGAGAUGGCGCUGAUCGAAAUAAAACACUUAAAAACUGAA